AUGCCUUCAAAGGAGCUUAAUAAAAUUGCACUAAAUCCGCAUAGGGUCAGGAAAGUUGCAAUUAUUGGAGGAGGUGCAUCAGGUGCAAUUGCUUUAGACUCAUUGAUUAAGGAGAAUACAUUUCAAAAAAUUGUUCUCUUUGAGCGUAGAGACCGUUUUGGAGGUAUAUGGUGUUUAGAUGAAAAUGUGGAACAACAGCAAGUAGUUCCUGGUUCUACCAGUGAUAUUGCCGAUCCGCAAUUGAAGAAUCCUUUUAAAGAGAAAGAAAAUGCAGGCAAGAGGUAUAUAAACACUGAACAGCCAUCCCAAAAUAGAUUUAUAGAAACUCCGUCUUACUCCAAUAUGAAAACGAAUAUAAUUGAAAAGCUAAUGACUUACAGCGAUGACAAUGCAUGGCCAGUUGACGGGGAUAGAAAUACAAUUGAUACAACUUAUGUUGAUCGUUCAAUAGUCGAGAAGUAUAUUCUGAAAUAUAUAUCAAGAAAUGCUUUUCAAGAAAAUGUUGAUAUACUUACCAAUACUUCAGUCGAAGACAUUGAAAGAGUUUUUAAGUCUGAUCUCGAUAGAAAAAGUUCAUCCUAUCUAUUCAAGCUCACGAUAAGGACGACCCAAGAAGAUCUGGUGGACACGUGGAGACAAGAUGUAUUUGAUGCAAUAGUUGUAGCAACUGGUCACUAUCAUGUCCCUUAUGUGCCGUGUGUGCCAGGCUUAGGAUCUAUAAUAGAAAAAUUUCCAUCCAAAGUGCACCAUGCUAAAUAUUUCAGAAACACAGAUGUCUAUAAGGAUAAGACCAUAUUGAUUAUCGGGUCAAGAGCUUCUGGGGCCGAUUUGAGCAAAUUGAUUGCUGAUAAAGCAUACAAGGUGUUCCAAUCGAUAAGAAGUAUAGAAAACACAAAGGUGAUAUCAAAAAAGGCGAAUGUUUAUCAGAAACCACUUAUAAAUAAGUUCGAAGUAACAAGUGAUGAUACCAUCAAAGUUUUCUUUGAUGAUGAUUCAUUACUUUUAAAUCCUGACUUUAUAAUUUAUUGUACAGGUUACCAAUUCUCCUUUCCUUUUUUAAAUAAUUUAAAGGGAAAUGGUAAGGUAACUAAAGAUGGUCAAAUCAUCCCAGAUUUGUACCAGCAUACAAUUUUAAUCGAUGAGCCACUUAUUACCUUUAUAGGGAUCCCCAUCGAUGCAGUUUCAUUUAGGGUUUUUGAAUAUCAGGCUAUAUUGAUCAGUAGAUAUCUUGCUGGAAGAAUUGAGCUUCCUGAUGUAAAGGAACAAAGAAACUGGGCAGAGGACCGAAUGCAGAAAAAAGGUGCUACGAGGGCAUACCAUACUAUUGGAGCUAUUGAAGCUUUGGAAUAUAUCAACACUUUAACGCGCUUGGGCCAUUUGAAGGAAUCUACCAUCGUUGGAAGAAAAUUUCCUGUCUUGACACUUGAUGAUUUGACGAGAUAUAAAGCGGCCUCUGAACUCUUAAGAGAAAACUGGGAUUCUCGCUAA